UCCACAUAGACAAAAAAAAUUAUCAGCAAGAUGAACAGAAUCAUUCAUCUGAGCUUGGCCUUGAUGGUGUUUUCUCUCGUCAGCCAUGGCCACCAUGAUGUCGAUCAUCCCCACGAUCAUCAUGACCCCAAGGCUGCUAUCAAGAUCCAGCGCAAUGUUGAUGAUUUUGCCAUUGAACUCUACAAAAUCCUGGCUGCAAGAUCACAUGAAGAGAACCUUGUUUUCUCACCCUGCAGCAUUUUUAUGUUGCUUUCAGUUCUGUUAUUAGGGACAGACUCCAACACUCAUGCAGAGAUUUUAAAUGGCCUUGGCUUUAACCUGACACACAUUCAGGAAGAUGAGAUCCACCAGGGGCUUCAUGAACUUCUCCAUGUGCUUACGCAUUCCGAGAAGGAUUACAAGCUGGAUAUUGGGCAGGCCCUGUUUUUAAAGGAAGGCAUACAGCCAUUGCAGACAUUUUUAGAUAAGAUUAAGGAACUCUAUGAAGCAGAAAUCCAAACCACCAAGUUUCAGGAACCAAAAGCAGCUGAAAAGCAGAUCAAUGAUUAUAUAAAGAAAAAAACACAUGGGAAAAUUGCAGAACUAGUCAAGGAUCUUGACCCAGAAACAGUCUUUGUUCUCACAAACUACAUAUACUUUAGAGGCAACUGGAAGACUCCUUUUGAUCCAGCGUUCACAAGGGAAGAGGACUUCUUUGUGGAUCACAACACAACUGUCAAAGUCCAAAUGAUGCACAGGACCGGUUGGUUCUACUACUAUUUUGAUGAGCAGCUAUCUUGCACAGUACUGAAGAUAGACUACAAUGGUACAGCCACCACCUUUUUUGUUUUGCCUGAUCCUGGAAAAGAGAGGGAAUUGGAUGCAAAUCUGUCAGUAGAAAGUCUGAAAAAAUGGGCAAAUAAUGUACACAGGGCUACAGCAUCGGUCUCCAUCCCCAAGUUUAGUAUUUCAGCCACGUACAGCUUAAAGGAACCCCUCUCCCAGCUCGGUAUUACUGAAAUCUUUACUGAUCAUGCCGAUCUCACUGGAGUCACCGGGCAGCCUUUGAAACUGUCUAAAGUUACCCAUAAGGCUGUGUUGACUGUUAAUGAAACUGGAGCUGAGGCAGCAGGAGCCACUGCUGUAGAAUUCAUUCCUCUCUCAAUGCCCAUCACAAUUACUUUUAACCGACCAUUUUUAUUGUUUAUUGAGCAUCAAAAUGUUACAUUAUUUAUGGGCAAGCUUAUAAACCCAACACAGCAGUAAAACAACAGCAACAAAACCCCAGGGUGUGCUGGAUUUUGAAUACAGUUCAAAAAUAAAGUAUCACUGGAACAUGAA